AUGGACUACAAGGCUCCGCCGCAGUAUAGCACGCCGCCGCCGGGCCAGCAGGCGGUCUACCCGCCCCAGGGCCAGCCUCAGUACGGCAGCCCGUCGCCUCAGCAGGUCCACGCCUACCCGCCUCAGCAGACCGGCGUCGUCCAGUACGGCACGCCACCGCCUCAGCAACACGCCCAGGCCUAUCCUCCCCAGCAGCACCCCCAGCAGUUUGCUCCUCAGCAGCAUCCUCAGCAAUACCCGCCUCAGCAGCACCCGCAGCAGUACCCUCCCCAACAGCAUCCGCAGCAGUACCCUCCUCAGCAGCACCCGCAACAGCAUCCUCAGCAGCCCCAGCCGCAGCCCCAGCAGCGCGCCAUCCAGCAGCAGCCCCAGCAGUAUGCGGCCCAGCAGCCCAUGCAGCGCGCCGUCGUCGGCGCCGGCCCCGGCGUCGCCAACAAGAGCGAGUGGAACCACAGCCUGAUGGACUGCAGCCCGUGCGACUCGUGCUGUCUCGGCACCUUCCUGCCCUGCGUCCUGCUCGGCAAGACGGCCGACCGCAUGCGCGAUCCCACCAUGCAGGGCGCCGACUCCAUGAACUCGGACUGCAUGGUCUUCCUCGCCAUCCACUGCUUCACCGGCUGCGGCUGGAUCUACAUUAUGAUGAAGCGCGGCGAGAUCCGCGAGCGCUUUGGCAUCCAGGGCGACGGCACGGCCGACUGCUGCGCCACCUACUGGUGCCCGUGCUGCUCGCUCAUCCAGCAGGACAACGAGGUCAAGACGCGCACGGCACACCUUGUCGCCAAUUCGGCCCAGGGCUACCAGGCCCAGCCGGGCAUGGUCAUGCCCCAGAAGUAA